AUUUAACGAACAGGGGAGCGCCACUUUAAAAGAUCACGUGAAUUACGCAACUCCAAUAUUACGUGUUUCCGCCAUCUACAGGAGAGCUGGCGGAGCUCCGCUAGUUUGCAGAAGGCAGGCUGGGAUGGUGCGCACCCACAGAGAUAGUUCCGCCCCAGCAUUUUGAAACCUGGAACAAGCCACGCCCUAGUUAUCUAACGUCAACCGGCGUUUUUAUAUCACGGCUAAAUUCAACUAACUAGCUGAGUGUGGCUGAAGAUAACAAACAAGCGAGAUCUUCAUAUUUAAUAUUGGACGACGUCUGUUAAACAUAAGCAGUAUGUUCGGGUCAGUGGUAGUUGGUGUUGGCAGAGCUGGUGGGGUACGGAUCAGAGACAUGUUAACCCCGCUGCCUGGAAGCGGUGCAGAGAAACUGACUGUCCGAGGAUUUAUAUCCAGGAGAAACCUCAAUACUCACCAGGAUGUGAAUCAGAUCUCUGCAGAGGACGCCUUGAAAGGAGAAGACAUCCAUGCUGCAUUCAUCUGUACUGAGAAUGAGUCUCAUGAAGACUUGGUCAGGAUGUUUCUGGAAGCAGGGAAGCACGUCUGUGUCGAGUAUCCCAUGACCCUGUCCUACAAAGCUGCUGCUGAACUUUGGGAUUUAGCCCAGAAAAAAGGAGUGAUUCUACAUGAGGAGCACAUUGAGCUGCUGACAGAAGAUUACAAACAGUUAAAGAAAGAAGUAGAUGGUAAAGUCCUGCUAGAAGGUUCUCUUCAUUUUACUGGUGGAACUCUAAAGCCUGGAUUUGGUUUUCCAGCAUUCAGUGGAAUCGCUCGCCUUUGUUGGCUGGUUGACUUGUUUGGUGAGCUUUCAGUAACAGCAGCAACUUUUGAACAGGAUGCUGGAAAAGGCUACAGCAAGAUGACGGCACAGCUGCUAACUUCUAACAGCAGACCUUUGACGUGGGUUGAGGAACGGCAAGAUGGUCUCUUAAGGACAAAGAAGGUCAACUUUGUGUUUGAUGACUUUGCUGUGACCCAGAUUCCCUCCGCACCUAAAGGAACUGUUGGACUUUUUAUGCAAGAUCUGAUCCACUUCUCUGCCAAGUUGUCAGGUCAAGUGAGUCCUGAAGAACUUGACAGAGAAAGAGUCAGAAUCUUACACUGCUUGGAACUGGCAGACCGGAUUCAGCAACUUUGCAAAAGUUAAAUAAGGACAAUCCUGUUUAUCAUUAUCUCCAUUGUACUAAUCCUGUUUGAAAUAAACAUUAUUUCUUUA